AUGAAACUCUGCACCUUCGGAUGCAUCCUCGUGCUGGCACUGGUCCUUUCGGCCUCCUUCUCCACCCAGGCACCCGUGCCGUGCGCCGCCUGCAAGCACAAGAGCGCCAUCUUAAUCCCGAACUUACCAUCGACGAUCCGGGCCGCGUGUGGGCGGCCGUUGCCCGGGGGCGGGACCUGUCAGGUGGAGCGACGCAAGAACUUCUACAAGUGCAACCGGCCCGAGUGCGGGGAAUACUCGCGCGGCAACGCCUCAAGCAAGGUCGAAGACUGCAUCCACCACCACAAGGAGCACAUCCAGGGGCCGUUCGAGAACCCCACCAUCCUGUCGAGCUUCCAUCGCCUGCACAAGCCCCGCCCUCCGAGCAUCCGCACUGCGGCCGGGGCCACAGGCCUGAGUGCGGCCACCACUGGCCAGAAUGUACCGCCCAAACGCGCCCGCACUUCGGCCCACCAAUGCACCGAAGGCGUCCCCAAGAAGGCCCGGACUUCAUCUGAGCUGGACACCAUGUGA